AUUAUAUGGAAUUUUAUGGUCCACAGAAGAACGUAAGUCAUAGAGAUUUAAAACAACUAGGUGAGUACAUUAAUGACAGAAUUUUCAUUUCAAGGUGAUGAAAAAAGUGGGAAUUAUGUGGAGGAUUAUAGAAUAUGGAGAGGAAGUACAGAAAUGACUAGCCCCCAACUUGCUUGCUCUUAAGUUACAAUGGGAGGAGCGUUGAGGGCAGACUUCAUGCUCCUCAUCCGCUUUUUCUCUCCAUCCAUUGACUCUCUCUCUCUGCCCCCAUCAUAAUUGUGUGCAUUAGAGAGAGAGGUGCUCGGCUGCUUGUGCAUGCAUGCACACUCUAAUAAAUGCAUAAAUGACUGACGCUGCAAGGAGAGAGAAAGCGAGAGAGGAAGGGAAGGAGGGGGCAGGAGUGCAGGGGGAAUCAGUGCUAGCAUCAGUGGGAGAGAGAGAGUGAGAGAGCAAUAGACCAGACAGGGAGGAGAGGAGAAUAGAGGACAGUCGGCUACAUCGCUCCUCACACACAGACGGAGGUGGAGAGAGGAGAGGAUGAGAGACUGUGGGGGAAGGAGAGGACAAAAGAAGACCGCUGUGCUGUUCAUCACGCCGUUCCAAAGAAGUGAGGCUGGACGAGACUGCCGUUGAACGAGGGAGCCGGCGUGACUUUGUGAUUUUUGAAGAGAACACAAGAAGAGGAUAAAAGAAAAGAGCGCAUUUUUGUCUUUCAGGGAGGGGACUGAGCCAGAAAGCAAGUGAGGGAGAAAGAGGAGAAGGAUUGUCUGGCACUGUUUAAAUAUUAACGUGAUUAUGAUUUGAACAUGGAGGUCGUUGGUUUUUACCUAAAAUGUGGCUCUCUCUCGCUCUCUUUUUAAUGCAAGGACUUAGCGGAUGAAAUAUCGCUCUUACUUUCUGACAAGAAGAAAGCUCUUUAAAUUCUUUUACUUUGACUUUUUUGGAUAGCAACUUACGAACUCUUGUAUUUUCGAUGUACAUAGUGAUGUCUGUUAUUGAAACAAUGUUUUUGGUGUUACUUACGAGUUAUGCAGACACAAAUCAGGUUUUUUAUGCAAAACUUUUAGAUGUCUUUAUUUGUAGUGUAUAAACAGGUGCUUUCACAGAUAUCGGUAGAUAUUUCAUAGAUAUCAGGACUACUUUUUAGCUUUUGCUAGUUCUGCUGUCUUUAGGAGGAAGUGUGCUCAAAUUAAGUGUGUGUGUGUUUGUGUGUACUCCAGCAAUAUUUGAUUUUCUCAUUUGGAUUGGUGCCACGACUGCGCUCUUUGCGUGUUCAGAUGUGUGUCUGGUUCUUUUAGAGUUUGGAUGUCAACACUGAUCACCAUUGUGGCGGCAGCGGUUGAACUUUCCCAUCCUGUGCCAGCGCUCGCUGCAGAACAUUGAUUCAAGCUGGCUCUGAGCUCCCGUGAUUGGAUGGGGAGCGAGCCGACAGGUUUUGUGUUGGCGAAACUUGUUGGCUUUUGUUUGGGUUCUGUCAUGACUCCGUCUCGCACGUUUUUUCCUCAGUCUGUUACCAUGGCAACAGUUUCAUUGGCAUGUUACGUUCCUUGUCUUUCACAACUUCGGCGCUAGCGUGUUGCAGUGUCCCAAGUUAUGCUUUAAACCGGACUCUAUGUUCAUUCUCACAAGUAUUAGGAAAGAGUUGUGCCUUCAGACCUUACGAGGGUUCAAGGUGCUCGCUCUGAGUUCAUUCGGUCUCUAAAUCAGAGUUGCCAUAUCCAACAUUGGACUCUUUUUUUUCUUUUUUUGACCUUUAAAUUUUAUUUAUGAUGUUUUAUAUUAAAAUGGUGUAGUUAAACUCAGGUUUUUUCAUCUGUGCUGGAGCAGAACUGCACUAAUUGAAUAUCCGAUUAAUAAGAUUAGCCAUUUCAGCUCACGUUAAUCACAAAGACACGAUUUCUAGCCUGUUAACUACGCCUGUUCUUGACAAUAUUCUAUGUGGUUGGUUUACUUGCCUUUGGUUUCACUUCAGACGAACAGGAACCUCUCAACCUUUAAAUAUAGUGCAGCCACAGUUGGGUUGGCAACUCGUUCACUCACGUUUACUGGUUUCCGAAACAACCCAUCAUAUCAACACAGGGAUUUUGCCAUAUUCCUAACCGACAGGUGCUACACCCAAUCUAGGUUACCAUAGUGUGUUAAACGGUUAUGAUAUUAUUUAAAUGUUCUUUUAUAGUCUGCUUCUCGGAAUUUCUACUUCUCUGUACAGAUUCUCCUGAACACUGUGCUAUUUCUGUGCCGUGUUGUGUUGACAUCAGUAAAUAAGUCCGUGACACGAUGAGCGACUUGGUAAUACAGCCAAGUCUGAGACACUUCUGUGCAAGUGCACAAUAAAUAAAAUGAGCAAAGCUGUUUGGACUACAGUGAGCUCUGCAGUGCUAAACUAAUGAUUCUGUGCCAUGUUGUCGUGAUACGGUUUAUGAACUUGCCGUGGAUGCCCAUAACUUUGUUCUAAGCGGUUCUCUUUACAGGUCCUCUGUGAGGAAUCUCUCCAUUAAGAAUGGCCCAAUAGCACCACUAACGUGGCACUUUGUAGAUGCAGCGGAGUGCACAUGAAUCCCUCGGGUCUCUCGGGUCUUGUCGCACUCCAUCCGAGAUAAUAGGGCCGCCUAGUUGUCUUUGACUGCCAGUCACAUCUGUUGGAACAACUUGGGAUGCCUCGCAUUUGUUCGUGCACAUCUGAGGCUGUACUUUUGCAGCCCUGAGGCUUCUUUGUGGUCAUACAUUGGUGCUAAAGUGUAAAAAACAGAAUCAGAAACACCUGAAUGGACGAAGCCACAACAAUGGAAGCUCAAGGUGCUUUUGUGGUUGCUUAUGUAAAAUAUAUGCAGUGAAAACCUUUGUAAAUAGAACAAGACUGGAUUUGGUCCAAGUCGGCUGGACUUGGCUAUAAACUGGCAUUCAUAACGCCAGUAGAAACUGUUAUCAGACUGUAAAUGCUAAUGAUUUGUGAGGGUUAGAGCUACCCUGGUCUGCUAGCUCAGAACUGUUAGAGGUUACAAGACUGUUGCCUCUCUAUCAGAGGUUUUAAAGUGCUUUACACCAGGGAUGCGCAUUAAAUUCUGUGUUUGACUUUGCUAAGUGACGUUUAGAGGGUAGGUUUUCACUCAGGAAACAGGUCUAUAAAGAACUGCUCAAUCUAAGACUGUUUGCCUGAUUUUGAGGUGUCAUUUAGGCUAAUGAGCAUCUGAUUGAUUUUCCAGUUAGCGUCUAAUGAGCAGAUCUCUGGAGGCGGUACUUCAGAUUUGGCCAAUCGGGUCUUAUUACCGUCACCCUGACAGUGCUGGAACGUGCUUGUUUUAGGAACAUCAUAGUUCCCUUGCGGCUGGGUUAUCACACUUUAACUUCUUCACAGAUCACACCAAACAAUCAAUGGUUCUCGAAAUGGUGCUCGAACCCAUGUUAUCUUCUCUACAGCCAUAUUUAACUAUGACUUAACCGUUUCAGGGCUUUCCGAGUCUAGUUUGUCCUUUUCUAAAUCAUAUUUCUACAAACCGUUGUUUAUCAGGGUUAAUUAUCUGUGUGUAUAAUCGAAAAUUAGUUUUUUUUUUUCUAAGUUUGAUGAUUCAGUGAUUAUUGCGCUGAUUUGAAGAUCGCAGAGAGGCUCAGGUGUUUUUUGCAAAGGCAAGCAGGAGUAGCGGGACAGCCUGGAGAACGGGAAAGAAGACGUGGGAGGGGGUGCGGGGGAGCGAGAGAUUAUCUGGAAGAAGAGAGCAAGCGUGUUGGAGAGGGAGAGAGAGCUGGAGAGGCAGAAGCUGGAGGAGGAGAGGAGGAACGCUGUGGGAUACACGGUGUGGAGGCUCAGGGAGGGAUUCCAGGAGAGGAAGGAUAGAGAGGAGGAUAGACUCAAAGGGACGAGCACUGAAGGCGCAAAAGCAGCGCAGCCGGAGGUGAUCUGGAAAAGACGAGAGGAGGAGGAGGAGAAAGAUAGGGAUAGAGCUCGGCUUGGUGACAGAGGUCCCAAAAUCAUCUGGAGGAGGAGGGAAAGGGAGUGACAGGAAAAGAUGGGGAUGUGUCAGCACUAAGCGCUUUCAGAUGUGUGGCAGGACGUGAGGUGGCCGAUCUAGACUUAUGGUACAAAUGAACCUGCAUGUAAUCAGACUUCAUGUAAUCUAGGUGCUAGAUGGUGUACAUCAGGUCCACUUUUAUAUAUUGUAUGAAAUCAAGUGUUGAAUUUAAGUCUGGCCUAUAAUAAAAUUUCUAUUAGUGUAUUUAUAUCUCUAUAUAUGUUAACUUAAAACCCAGUAAAAAUAUAAUUAUUUAUGUAUAUAGUCAUAUUUUAAUUUUACUACAAAUAAAACUUUUAGCUGCACUUUAGCUUCAGAUUUAGCUUAGUAUUGUAUGCAUAAUUAAAUUUUUUAGGUUAGGAUAGUUUCAAAUUAAGUUUAAGUUUCCUAGGGGUCACGUACCCCGUGUUGAAGAUCCCUGGUGUACAUUUUUAACACCUGGACUAAAUUAAGUCUUUAAACCAAACGUUGAGGAUUAUGUUGAUCGGCGCCAGUCUAAUCAUCACUGAGCGCAGCAGUUUGAAUCAUCAUUAAAUGAUCCACGUUCACUGGAUCAGUACUUUUAGCAUUUUCCAUCCAUCUCUUCCCGCUCUCUUCCUCUCUCACUCUAUCGAUCUGUCUGUCUGACGGAAGCCUCCUCUCUCAAAGUCUCAGCUGCAGCUAAUAGGCUUUUUAUGGGAGUCUGUCAGGCAAGAACUAGUAGAGUGGAGCCCAGCACAUGCGCGCACGUAAACACACUCGCAUGCAUAUAAAACACAAUAGUACUCUCUUUCACACAUCUACCGGAAGGGAUUGUGUCUGGAGCACUUAUAUAUGACUAAACCAAUAACUUCAUGACAAUCAUACUAUAUUUAGUAAUUCAUAGUGUCCUGAGAAGCUCUAUGCAGACUUAAGAUCUGAUGCAAAACCUACACUCUGUUUAUGACAACAGCAGAAAACUUUGUUACAUUUUUGCAUCUGUCUUUUCGUCUCUUUUCGCAUCCUGUUUUUGAUACUCUCUGAACUGAAAGGUCAGUACGCUGUCAUCUCUCUGGUGCGAUGAUGAAGGGAUCAGUAGAUGCAGAGAAAAAGAGGACUAUAAAAGAUAAGGGAAGACAAGUUAUCGAUUGCGAUAGAGCGACGUGGAGAGACAAUUAAGGACGUUUAGUGGACACUGAGACGGCGGAGACAUCAUGGAGCUCAUCCCCAAAACCAAAUACACGCCCUUCAGGAGCGACUCCUUCAGCUCAACAGACGAGACGGCGUCCAAUCCCUCUCUCCCUUCUUCUGCUCCUCUCACCCCACUUACCCCUCCUGGCAUCCCUCCUUCUCUCUCCUCCUCCUCUCUCACCCCUAUCCUCCCCCCUUCGUCUCCACGGCAGGCUGAAAACAGCCCUACCACCCUCUGCUCCUUCUUCCCCAGGAUGGGAGCCCUACGGCUGGGUGUGUCUUCCACUCUGCUCCCAGGCCUGAAGGCCUCCAGCAGGCCAGCUAGCGUGCCGGGCGGCCAGGGAGGUUUGGGAGAGUCUCCGGAAGACACUGGGACCUCCGCUGCCAACUCUUCUCCUCUUCCUCCUCCUCUUCCUCUCCUUUCUCUAACAGCCCCAUCUCCUCCUCCUCGUCCCCCACAGGAUAUGAACCGGCUGGGCGGGGCCUCGCGGAGGGCCCGUGUGGAAGGGGGCCAGCUCGGCGGAGAUGAGUGGACGCGGCAUGGCUCCUUCGUCAACAAGCCCACCCGAGGCUGGCUCCACUCAGACAACGUGGUCAGCACCAGUGGAGUCUCCUACACCGUCAGGUAUAUGGGCUGCGUGGAGGUGCUACAGUCAAUGAGAGCACUGGACUUCAACACCAGAACUCAGGUUACCAGGGAGGCAAUAUCAGUGGUGUGUGAGGCAGUACCAGGUGCCAAAGGAGCUCAGCGAAGGAGAAAGCCCUCUUCUCGCUGUCUCUCCUCCAUCUUAGGGAAGAGUAAUCUCCAGUUUGCUGGAAUGACAAUCAGCCUCACCGUGUCGACCAGCAGUCUAAACCUACUGGCGAUCGACUGCAAACAGAUUAUCGCCAACCAUCACAUGCAGUCCAUCUCUUUUGCAUCAGGAGGAGAUCCAGACACAGCAGAAUAUGUUGCCUACGUCGCCAAAGACCCUGUCAAUCAGAGAGCGUGUCAUAUCCUCGAAUGCUCAGAGGGCUUGGCUCAGGAGGUCAUCAGCACCAUCGGUCAGGCUUUUGAGCUCCGCUUUAAACAGUACCUGAAGAACCCCCCCAAACUGGUUACCCCUCAUGAUCGGAUGGCUCCUUUCGAUGGGUCAGCCUGGGAGGAAGAGGAAGAGGACCUGCCUCCACCCCCAGAUGUUCCGUAUUACAAUAACUUCCCCGGUAAACAGCCUCCCCCUGGAGGUCUGGUUGACAUGAGGACCCGUCCUGGACACAGUACAGGAGCCACGCUGCCAUAUGGACAGCCCAGCCAGAACGAUAUUCACAAGCAGCCUCUGCCUCCUCUACCAGUGGGUGUUAAGGAGGGUGGCUUGUUUGACGACCCCUCAUACGUCAAUGUGGAUAAACCCCGCCUCCCAACGGCAGCAGCAUCCAAUGGAAAUGCUCACAGAGAUGCGUUUGACAUGAAGCCAUUUGAUGCUGCUUUAGGUGUGUCGGGUGCAGUGGCGCCCCCUCUGGCAGAGCAGCUGCAGAACGAGCCCUGGUUCCACGGACCUCUAAGCCGCAGGCAGGCUGAAAGACUCCUGACCAAGGAUGGAGACUUCCUGGUGCGGGAGUCAGGCACCACACCAGGCCAGUACGUCCUCACUGGACAGCAGGGCGGCCAGCCCAAACACCUGCUUCUGGUGGAUCCAGAGGGAGUGGUGCGCACCAAAGACCACCGCUUCGAGAGCGUCAGUCACUUGAUUAGCUAUCACAUGGACAACCGGCUGCCAAUCAUCUCGGCAGGAAGCGAGGUGUGUCUGCAGCAGCCAGUUGAUCGCCGUGCUUGAAAAAAAAAAAAAAGAGAGAGAAAAAAAAGAGAUAAACUCCUCCCUUUCCUACUUUUUAUGCCAGACUCUAUUAGAGAAAAACAUUUUUCCAACUGGGAGUGUAAGCUAAUCAUAUCUUCAGAGAAACACAAAAUUUUGUACCAACCACCGACCAUGAAAUUACGAAGCGAUGCAGUCAUUCUACUCAAAGACUAAAGGACACGUUGCUUGAAAUAAGCGAUUACAAAAAGCCAAACGAUGAGGCGUCUGAAAGAUAACGGAUGCGUAAUGAUGAUGACAUCACUUCCCAAACACGACAUCAUGUCUUGAAUUAAGUCUGGGGGGGAGGGGUGCACCUGUAACCAUGGCAACAGGCCCGGGCAUUCUAAAGAGUUGAGAGUUGAUGUGAAUGUACUAAAAUGGCAGAACCUUUGUAGCACUCUAAAGAUUCACAUCUGGUGCAAUGGGCAAAAUCCAAAGACUUGAGCGUUUUCGGAGAGCGUUGUCAAGACUGUGUGAUGAAUAUGCAAAACUUUAAAGAGAAUACCGAGCUCAUUUUCACAAUCUUUCAACCUUUCGUGCUGAAUGAAUCACAUUCGUCGUAGUUCCCACCGGAAUAUCACUUUCCCAGUGGAUAACACAAAAGUCAUCUUAUUCUCAACCUCACAAAACCCUUUACCGAAUUCCGAACGUGAUCCCCAAGAAAAAUUGGGAAUUUUGGCCAUUUGGGAAGACCCCUGAACAUAUGUGAAAGCUUUAGCAGCACGGAUGCCGUGUGGAUUUUUCCUUAUGCAAAUAAGCAGACGCUGUGAGGGACGCUGCCCGCUACGAGAUACGACAAAGCUAGUCUGUGGAAAAAGGAAAGGUUCCCUUUUCGCACAACAUCAAAAGGGAUGAGAGAAAACAAAAGUGCAAUCAGUGGACAUGUGCGUGCAAGCCUGAACUGAAGGACUGUGGUUUGGGGUCAGAUUAAAGCCGCCUUAUGAUGUCAUUUUAACUAAGAAUUUAUAUAUUUGUUGCAACGAUGUCAUCUCGAUCAGCUGACGACAUCAUCAGGAUGGUUUGAUCCGGGGAGGCUCUAUUUUUCUUGUGGACAUUACUUCAGUUUGCAUUGACAAUCGAUCUUCACGUGUAUCGAGGUGUCAGCUGCUUCUGUAUGUUCGGGGACUUGAGUUACAAGAGAAAGCGUAAGGAGGACUAAGAUGUGUAUUAUAAAACGCGCAUCCUUUUCAAAGAUUCACUAUGAUCACUUUGCAUUUAAACGACAUGCCAGGGGACUCGCCAUCCAGCACUCCAAAUGAAUUCUGAAGGUGUCUUUGCAGCCACAAGUGCAGUUUCUGUUGAAGCCACAAACAGGAAACCACUUUUUUUCAUCUUUGUUUGCUCUGAUAUUGAUUGUGCCUUUUUUACCAAACACAGACACACCGAUAAAACACAGUCGCCUUUUGUGAUUCUAAUCAUGACACUUUCUUUUCAGACAAAAAAAAACACAGCUGAAAAGAUAAUCGACUGCAAAAACGACACAAGUUUAGCGAAGCUCAGUACAGGUCUUUGGCACGCUAAUUCUGCUAUGCUGUUUUUACUGCGCUUAGUUUAGUGCUGGUCUGUGGGUUAAAUAAUAAUAGCAGUUAGUACCACGUUAUGUUGCUUAAACUUAGGUUUGUGAAUAACACCUUUUAUCUCUCAUUUAGAAACCGAUCUUAGAUGCCCUAUAUGACUACAUGUAAAUAAGCUUCGCCUGUGCUAAUAUCCGUUUCAAACCAGUCAUUCACUGUGUGGAUCUGUAUCACAUGAAUCCGUUGGGAACUCACAGAAUUGUACUGGGUGGAAAAAAAAGACCAUAAAGGUGUAAGAUUUGACAAGCUCUACUUAAGACAACACAAACAUGUUGUGUUUAUCACAUACAUCUAUGUAAAUCAUGAGGAUUUGCUUAGUCGGGUAUACAAAGACCAUUAUCUGGAUGCUUUAUGAAUCUGAAAUGGGCAACUGUUUUAUUUUUAGUCUUUUUAAUGGAUGUGGAUUUUGAGUCAACGGUCAACAUUCAUUCCACAUUAUAUAUCCAGAUGGAUCCCAGCUGCAACUGUAUGUGACCAGCCUUCAUGCUAAUGUAUAUUUCAGCCUGUUGUAAUUCAAAUGAAUGCAUUGAAUGGUUUUUUAAUCAUUUGACGUCAGACUUUUUAUGUGCUGAUAGCAGCACAGAUCUGGUCACUAGCUGGUAAUGGAGUUUAAACAAAGUGUGUUUAUGAGUCUGUGUGCGCGUGGAUGCAUACAUACGCAGGGCUGGAAUGGUCUGGAAUAAUCUGGCUUUUACAACUCUGACUCGCCACUGAACUGUUUGCUCAUUUUCAUAUUUCACAGCGGCCUUUUGUUGCAUGGAAACACUUCCUGUUAUUGUGGUAAUGGUGACUCUUGUGUUGUGGUUGGUUGUUUGCUAUUUUCUAAGCCAAAGGCUUUUUUUUUUUCUUGUUUGCUUAUAUAAAUGUUGCUUCUUUUGUUAAAAUACAUGUUUUUGAUUAUUUUAAGAAUUCUUUUUAUGUUGUUGUUCUUUGGGGAAAACAUAAUGUUUACACCUGUAUCAAAUGAUAGAUUACAUAUAUAAAUACGUAUAUCAUU